AUGUCGACACCAAAGGAGCGCCAUUACUGGGCUCAACUGCGUGCGGCUCUCACCGCUGGCCAAUGGCGCGCCCAGAAUCCUGCAAAAGCCUAUAACGGCGUUGCAAUUUCGUGGGCGGAACUGUUUCGCAAGUUUAACAAGCAUUGCAAAGGUUAUCAAGAUGUCGUCGAGGUCGCGUCGCAAACGCACGCACUUGCUCUGCUGUUGUCUGCGCCUUACCCGGACGAAGAUGAAGAUGCAGAUUUCAUGGAGCCGGAGUCAUCAGGGGACGGUGCAGGCGAAGAUGGAACAGCAACCCCUCGGCGAGGGAAGCUGGACGUUAGAGGAGAGAGUGAGCUUCCAGACAACAGGAUAGACGAAGCAAAGACCGGCUACGAGACCCUGAAGUCGUUGGACUCCUCGUCAACCUUUGAUACAAUCAAACUUGCUCUCGCAUAUUAUGCCUACGCACUCGGAAAUCCAUCAGACUGCAUCGACUACCUUGCUAAAGUUCCCGAACUCCUUCAAUUUCUAAACCAUAUCCCGACUCUUGGCUCCACAAGGUCAAGCACGUCGCAGGGCCUACUCGCCCCAUCCACCUAUGCUCCAUCGACAACGUCAUUCUCUGGAAGCUUUACUUCCAUUGUUGAUACCACAGUCCCAGAAGUUCGCGAUGGACGAGGAUGGGCUAUGGCCGAAACAUUUCGUGCUCUUUGCCUUCAAGGCAUGUCGCAUGAACGCCUAAGCCCAUCAACCCCUGAAAAGGCUCUAGAGGCAUACGCCAUCUCCCUGCCACUUUUCUCCUCUCUGCAAUCUGAAUUCAGCCACAACGCCCUCCCAAAGUCAUCCGGGAAGUUUGAUUUCACUGUGUUUCAGCAGCUGCGAGAGGUGUGGAGAUGGGUUGAACGCUUGCUGUGGCGGGCGGUCAUCUUGAGUUCGCGGACGAGCAAUAUCCACGCAGACUCCGAACGAGCAUCAUUUGACUUGUGGAUAUGGUUAGGCCAUUACAAUUCAUGCAGCGAAUACUGGCCGUCCUCGUUCCGCACUGCUCAUAGAUCAACAAUAUCGACCAUUCACCUACGUGCGCUCAUCCUCCGAAACGGCGCAUUGUCACCGUUGCCCGUCACCUACUGUUCUAAACGAUUCCACUCGCCUUCGUCAACGAACACCGUUACACCUGCCCCGACCUCAGCUACUGCUUCGGCCAACCAACUGCAGUUGUUGACAAGUUCGACGACUUGGUUGCAUGCAGCCCGUUCAGCAAUCCAGGAUUAUCGUGCCAUUCUGACAGCCAGCACGAAAUUUCCACGGGCAGGCGAGAGGAACGUCAAAGUCGAGGAGUUUGUCGAUCUAUGCGUAGCCGUAUGGGAGGCAGGUGGAGCCAACGGCGAGCAGGCAGGCUGGGUCAUUGAUAUUCUAUGGUGGGCAACCCGUCUAACCUUCAACUCAUCCCGUAUCCUACGGCAUAUGACACGGCUGCUGCACCUUGGUGGUGACACCACAUUGGCGAAGCGGACUUUGAAGCUGUACAUCCAAGUGGUCGGGAAGGCGUACCAUGCGAGCAAGGAAGGCGUUAGAGAGGACAAGGACACGGACGAAUACUGGGUCGACACGCUCGUAUUCGGUGCACGGAUGCUGUGCAAGAGUGCAGCAGCUUCACCUGGACUGGAGGGUAUCGAUGACGUCAAGGAAGCAGGCACAGUGUUGGAGAAGGCCAGGACGAGGCUUGACUCUGAGAACAAGGUCCUCGUUGCGAAGGUUUUAUUGGCGGAGGGGAUCUAUUGGAGUUUGUUGGCCGUGAAAGGCCAAGAGCCAUUAGACCGGUCUGCCCAACUCGAAAAAGCACAUGUUGCCCUACAACAAUCACUCCUCGCCCAUUCGACACCACCUGCGUAUUAUCACCUCGCCCUUUCCUAUGCACGCCGUGGAGGACCAGUCCACGAUCUCGAGCGUGCUAUUGAAUGUGCAGGCCACGCCGUCGAGGGGGAACCGAAGGAAGUUCGGUAUUGGCAUCUCCUAGGGCUGCUCCUAACGGCUGCAGAAAAGUGGGAUGAGGCGAAGGAGAUUCUGGAGCACGGUGCCGAGCUGGAUGUCGAGGAAGAGAUGGCCCCUGAAGCUGCUGCCAAUGGGAAUGGAGAGGCGGCGAGUGUUCAAGACGACAAUGGUGCAUCAACCACGACGGUGACGCAACACGGCGACACCAUAACGCUCAAGGUGCCAGAGAUGGAAGGAACCGUCCAAUCGAACAAGAUCGCUGUAUCUGCCUCCCUCAAAGCUAAUGGAUUGACCAACGCCGCGUCUAAGGCUAAACCGAAAUUGAACGGCUUAUCGGAUCCCUCUCCUCCCAACACAGCCGGCUCAUCAUCCUCUUCAUCCUCUUCGCCCAUCGAAUCGAGGAUACCAAUAUCUGUGCUCGACCCUGAUGCCUGCGAACUGCCACUUGCCGACCACCUAUUACGAAGAUCGGAGUUGACAUUCGAACAAUACCCACCGUCCAAAGCAGAAUUGUUUGAGUGGCAUCUUCAGCUACGGAUGACCCAGGUUGGGUUCAUGGAGGUAUUUGAGGGUGCAGAAGGUGCCGAGCAGGGUUGGUUGGAUGUAUUUGCUUGGGUGGCUGAUAAGAGAGGGGCUGCUGCUACAGCCGAUGGUGCAUCACAACCGCGACAAUCGCUCGAUGGCCUACGUCGCUCGAUGGAUCGCCUGAGCGCCAACCCGGCAAGCAUUGAGAAGACAAUAGCUCCUCCGUACCAUAGCCUACCAAAUGGCUCGAGCGAGGCUGGUCCACGACAAUCAUUGACGGUGCCGCCCCCAAUACCGAUUAUGAUCUCGCCAGCUACACCAGACGCGGAGACGAUGGAUGUUCCACCACCGCCUGCAUCCUCAGCUGAUUCAAUGCUGGAACGAGAGAAGGAGGAUAGAAAGGAAAAGGAGGAGAGGAAGGAGAAGAAGUCUAGUGGUCUCCAUCCAAAAUCAAAACGCUCUUCGUCGAUCGAACGCGACGGCCGUGGAGAUACCUCCAAGUCGAAGAAGGUUGGGCAGAUGCUGAAGAACAGGGUGGACAAAGGACGUGCCGGAAUCACAGCGGUCUCAAGGAAGAUCGGGCAUGGCGUUGUUAAAAAUGGUCCUUUGAGGAGGUCCAGCUCAACUCCAGACUUUUCCGUCGUCUUCCAACAAACAUCCUAUCAAGCCUCGUCCAUCCACUCAAGACGUAGGCUGAGCUCUAUCAUUCACUCCCAAGACCGGACACCCAACGAUUCUCCUCCUCCUCCACCUCCUCCUUCCGUGCCUUCUUCCAAUGCGCAGGAUUUCAAAUUCAGGAAUAAUCGCUCGUCAAGGGAGAACAGGCUACUGAGCGAUCUCUGGCUGAUGUCUGCAGCAACCUUCCGGAGGUUGGGCAAGAUUGAGCAGGCGAAGGGAUCGAUUCAGGAGGCAGAAGUCAAGGAUGAGAAUAAUCCGAAUGUUUGGGUUCAGCUUGGGCUGUACUAUGUUGCACUUGGACACUAUCGCCAUGCUGUCGACACCUUUCAAAAAGCCCUCUUCAUCUCCUCCGAAGAUGUUUCUGCGACCAUCCACCUAUCGCGGCUCUACCUAGACCCAGACAUCAGCACUCAGCUACGGACGCCACCCAACGCAGCAACGUCCUCUGCAUCAUCUAUUAACUCCAACAGUGAUGAUUCUUUUCCAUACCCGGACGUUGAUCUAGCCGCUGGUAUCCUUGCCCAUCUAACGAAGGGCCGAGGAUGGGAUGUACCUGAGGCCUGGUACUUCCUCGCGAAGGCCUAUGGCAUUCAAGGGAGGAAGGUGGAAGAGCGCGAUACCUUGAAGUUCGCCCUCGAGUUGUCGGAGAAGCGGGCUGUUCGGGAUAUUGGGUUGGCCCUUGGCUGGACGUAUUGUUGGUGGCAGGAUCCAUUCACGAUGAUAGCGUGGUCUAUCUUUAUUCUCGUAGGCGCGGCGCUGGUGGAGCUGUCAGCCGCACAACAGCUGAGCAUUUCGGUGCAGGCCUUAGAGCCAGCACCAGGGAAGCCAACUGGCCUAUCGAUCGUCAAUAUUACCGCCCGGAUUACAAACUUAGGGCCCACACCUUUGACUCUUCUGAACGACCCAACAAGCCCGCUGACCACCUUCCCGACGAACAUCUUCACUUUGGUCAACCAGAAUAACGGCAGGCAGCCACAGUUUGUGGGUGUAGCCGUCAAGUUUGCGCCAGAUAUCGCUAUUCUCAAUGGCCCAUUCACCUCGCUGGGACCGGGUGAUAGUGUCGAGGUCGUGCAUGACUUGGCCAACGCCUACGAUUUUUCAGCCUCAGGACCCGGCACAUACACUAUCGACAUCUCGCCGACCUUCUUGGCUUUCAACGUGUUCAACCAGACCUUCUCUCUUAUUGCUUCUGCCAUUUCAUCUGUCUUAUCCCUCACCAACACGGUCGACCAUGAACUUCAAGCACCUGUCGUUCUAUCUACGAUCUCAAACGACACCACCUGGCCUAAGAAACGCCACUUCGUCAAGCGUGCUAACUACGUUGAGUGCAACCCGCUCCAGCAGAUAUACAUACAGCAGGCUGCCAAGGCUGCUCAGAAUUACGCCUACGAGGCCUACACGUACACCAGCGAGAAUAUGGACACGGAAAGCCCUCGAUACCUGACCUGGUUCGGCGCCUACAAUACUGAGAGAUACGAUACCAUUUCCACCCACUUCAGCAACAUCAACGCCGACGACUUCACCUCCUUUACGUAUUAUUGCGAUUGUCUCGACCCUACAGCAUACGCGUACGUUUCUCCUGACAAAUACGGAGAAAUACACCUUUGCAAUGCUUUCUGGCUUGCACCAGCCACAGGAAAGGACUCGAAGGCUGGAACAUUCAUACACGAAGCUUCGCAUUUCACAAGGAACGGAGGUACGCAAGACGAGGCCUACGGCACGGACGCGUGCCAAACUCUCGCAGCCAACAAUCCUGCAAAGGCCAUCCAGAACGCUGACUCACACGAAUACUUCGUCGAGAAUCCUACUGGGCUUGCUUAG